UGUGUGUGUGUGUGUGUGUGUGUGUGUGUGUGUGUGUGUGUGUGUGUGUGUGUGUGUGUGUGUGUGUCGUGUGAAACUACAUGCACAGGACAGGAGAUUUAAGAAAAUACCAUGACAGGGGCGUCUCUUAAAGAUUUUGUACGGGGGUCGGGGGCCACUAUUAACUUCGAACCCAGACAAAAGCCUUAGAAGAAUUACCACAGCUUUUAUUGUGGUAUUUUUUGUUACAGUUAAGUUUGAAGUUAAGUUAAAAUAAUAAUGAUAAUAAUAAAUCAAUAUUCUUGUGUAGAAUAUUGAAAUUCUAACAUUUUAUCUUGUAUUUUUGAUAAGUGCCAGCUUCCACUUUAAAAGGAUUAAAAGGGUAGAUUUUUAAAAAGUAAGUUGUUUCAAUUUAAAAUUUCAAUUUAAUCAGUAUACUAAAAACCGACAGGCAUGUAAAAUAUUUGUUGUUUGUGGUCACAGUUCAGUGUUGUUAAUAACAAUAUCUGCUUCCUCUGUCUAUCCUGGAGUGACAUUUUAUAUGAAACGUAACAAGUAAGAUUCGUUGGUGCUUCUUUCCUGACGUUUGAACACCCAAUUUAACAAGUCAGAGAAAAAAGAUGGUCUCCACAAUAUAUUUAUUAUUAUUUAUUGGUCAUUACCCCGACGUAGUGUGAAAUGCACUUUGUGUGCAUGCUCUUCUUUAUAGGAUAGUGUUGAGAAGCUUGCCUAACUCUGAAGCAUGCAGAUUGUUGUCUUGCAUCAAUAAGUAAAACUACAUGCACAGAAUGGAGAAUGUUAUGUGAUAGUGGGUGAUCCACCAACCCGGCCUGACAGUCUCAAAUACACAGAAAACAAGCCUCGGUGAGUUUUAACAUUUAUUAUUAUUAUUUUUUUAUUUAUAUAUUUGGAGUUUGCACAGUGGCGCAGUUGGCGUUUCGACCUUUCAGUAAGAAGGUUUUGGGUUCAAGUCGUAGCCUAGGCUCUUUGUGGAUGGAGUUUUCAUGUUCACAGUGUGGAUGUGAGGGUUCUUUAUGAGUGCUCUGCAUUUCUCUAGAGUCCAAGCAGGUGACUCUUAGGUCAAUUGGUAUUUUAAGUGCUUCUGCAUGGCUUAUUUGCCCUGUGUGUCUCUGUGCUGCCCUGUCAUGGACCGGAAACCCUUUUCCUCACCCAAUGACUGCUGGCACCAAUUUCCCCUUAAUCCUCCCACCCCUGCAAGAAUAAGCAGGUAGACAACAAAUGUAUUUAUUUAUUUAUUUUAGCCUACUAGAGGUUUUCUGCCUCACUUUCCUCACGACUUCACUAAAAAUAAAGAUAUGGAUAAAACGAUAACAUUGUCUUGAUAUGAUUUCUGGUUUUAGUUUCCGACACCAGUAUCCUCAUUGGUUCCUAUCUGGUCUGAGGAAGUUCUGGAGACGCCUCCAGCUGCUAUAUGAGGUGGAGUGUACAACAGGCAAACACAGAUUUCUUGACAAUGAUGCUGCCAUUUCAUACCAGUUCAAUGCCAUUUCAUUCCAACAUACAUUCCAUGUACACUGUGAACAAGCCAGGCUAUAUCUAUCUAAAAGUCAAGUGUUUAUAUUAAUUAUUGAGCAAAACAGAUAUAAAAUGUUCAACUUUCCACUUUUACAAAAACUGUGCCAUAUAGUCUGAUAUCUGAUGAUUUCGUAUUUCAUCCUGUUCUCUCCUCCUGCUAAUAGAAUUUAUUAGUUGGAGUAGUUGUAAACACACGACCUUACAGCAGAGAUGACUGAAUGAUAAAAACAAAAAAAAAACAAAAAAAAAGUAAUGAUUGGUUGUCUGAGAAGGUACAAGCCAGGGGUCAGUCCCAGCUCCUCUACAUACUUGCAACAAAAACAGGUAUGAAAUGACGGAAAGAAGUUAAAUUAAUUGCACCUCUAUAUCUUCUAUUGCUACAUCUAACAGUUCAUAACAAAAGAAGAAAAGAAACGAAAAAUAAGAGAAAAGAAAAAUAUAGAAAAGGAAACGUUGCUCAUUUCAGUCUGUAUUGGGAGGGCGAUGUUCUUGCCUCUUCCUUUCUGUCACACUGUGACAAUAUUUGCAGAGUAAAAUCCCAUAAUGUUCAAGCGUGAAACAUUUCGCAUCGGAAUGAGACAUUAAUAGCCCAUAUGUACCCCGCGGCAAUAGUAUGCGCGCGCGCGCACACACACACACACACACACACACACACACACACGCAGACACACAGAGGGGCACGCACACUUGGCCAUCCAUCCAAGAGCGACUGACGGUGCUACGCAUGUGACAACGCCGCUGUUACACUCGAGCAGGACACACGCACACCCUCACACGCUCUAAUCCAAAAAUAGGCUACCUGGGGUCAGAGUGCAGGGCCGUCCUCACGUUGAGGUAGCAGAGGAUGAAAAGUUAAUCUCUCCACCGGUGCAGGAGCGCGCAGCGGGGUUGCUUGCAGCAGCCCUGCUCCCCGCAUGCGACCCCGGGACUGUCCACCUCCGUCUGCCUCCUAGCUCAUUGUUUGCUCGGCCAAUACAUUAGCGGCGUCGCGCGUCACCUUGAUCGACGAGCGCUCGGAAUUUAAAUAGCCCCUCAAACACCAAUCUGUCACCGUCCUAUAGGGGAUAAGGACAAGUGCCUCACUGGCUGACCUGUAGCCACGUGACAGCAGCCGUUCAUUGAUAUCGGUCAGUGCGCGCCCCCUCCUUCCAACACUGAUAAGGAUAGAGUAUAGGUAAAGGUUGGCACGGUCACUUUGGGCAAGGGUGGGUUAGAGGGCGUUUGUUGGAGAGGACGGUUCCUCAGCCCCUCGGAGAACGAUGCCACAAUGAGCAGCUUCUUAGACUACUCGGUGAUGAGCGGAGAAGGUGGCUCAUGCUCCAUCAGGGCUUUCCACUCGGACCACGGGAUUACAGCCUUCCAGUCCUGCGGGGCUGCUGUCAACAGCUGUGGGGCGGAUGAGCACUUCAUGGCAAACAGGACUUCUCCUGACAGCCUCCCCCAUCAGCCGGCGUCUUACCAGUCUUCUGCAAACACUUUGGGUCUCUCCUACGGAGCCCACCCGGCCUGCAGCUCCAGCUAUGGGCCCCAAAGUUUUUGCGCAACAUAUAACCACUACACGCUGAACCAGGAAGUGGACUCUGGAGCUGCGUUUCCCCAGUGCGGUCCAUUGAUGUUUUCGGGUAACUUACCCUCCUCCGUGGUUCCUCAGCACCGCCACGGUUACAGUGCCACCCCACUGGGCCAGCUGCAGUAUAGCCACGCUGCCUACGGAGGCGGACACGAACAAGCACCCCAUUACCCUAGUGGCUCAAACCCUAUGUCACCUCUGCACGCAGCUCACCUGGAGGCUUGUUGUUCACCACUGUCGGAGGGCGCCUCCUCUGCGCAGACUUUCGACUGGAUGAAGGUCAAGAGGAAUCCACCGAAAACAGGACGAUCCGGGGAAUACGGUUACGCAGGUCAGCCGAACACAGUCCGGACCAACUUCACCACCAAGCAGCUUACAGAACUGGAAAAGGAGUUUCACUUCAACAAGUAUCUGACACGGGCGCGCCGCGUGGAGAUCGCGGCCGCGCUGCAGCUGAAUGAGACUCAGGUAAAAAUCUGGUUCCAGAACCGGAGGAUGAAGCAGAAAAAGCGUGAGAAGGAGGGGGUGCUGCCGGCCAAAGCUCCCCCCGCGGAACGGGAGGAAAUCAUCCCGGAGAAAAUGGACGAUGCAGCAUCUGAGAGGUCGACCUCAUCUUCCCCCUCAACUCCCUCCCCCUCAUCCUCCACCGUGUCUUCCACGGGCACUGACACUUACGCCUCCAACUGAGGACCAACUCUUUACCUCUUCAGGCCACGUGAGCCUGACCACCAGAGUUAAAGAUUGUUGUGAACGAUAUUCGCGUGUACAUUUAUAGACUUUUGGGACAUUUCCCAAUAAUGCGGACAAUGGCUUCAAGGUUUUAGAGUUGUAUAAUCACUAACGUGUCUGCACGAAGCACUAUUGUCCAGUCAUGAUUUGAAAUGUGUUUAUUUGCUGAAAAUAUGGCUUCCCAUUUACAAAACUAAGUGGAAAGACUGCCACCCCUAUGCCCUAUACCCUGAUCCAGUGCUGCUUUAUUUAAAAAUAAAGAGACAAAUCUGCACACACACAAAUACCUCAAAAAAAAAAGUGCUAAAUGUGUGCACCACCGGCCACAGGCGAUGCUGUUAAUGGGGCAUCACGCAAUCAACGAGAUGACCUCGUUUAUUUAUCGUUAGUGAAUGAAUAGUUACAGUAGCUGUUUCAUCGCUGUCACCUCUGUCUUUUAUUUUGUCUGUGCGCGCGCGCGCGUGUGUGUUGACUGUUUGAAUGUACUAUAUGGGAUUUGCAUGGUAUGUAAAGCCUUCAUGUAUCACCAGUGGGGCGCUGAGUUUUAUCAGUUGCGGAGCCGGUCCUUCAGGGCUGUGAAAGGCUUUUAUCUGCUGUUCCAUUUAAUCAAGUGGGACGAAUGUAAAGUGUUUUGUCCAGAGAGGCA